CUUACUUCCGGUCAGGAAGAUGGCCGUACACAACAAAUAGUUAGCGGAAAUAUUAACUAUAUUUAAUUAGUUUUCUUCGUUUUAUAGACGUAUAACCGAGGUAUUUGCUGGAAAACACGUACGUUGGCGUUUUAAAUCUAGCUAUGUUUAUGCAUUAUCUCACGACGUAUAGUUUAGUUUCGAUGCUGAGAUUGCUAACGUUAGCUAGCCAGCCAGCCGCCUGAGCCGGUGUCUUGAUUGUCUUCAUUUACAGUGCUAGUUACAGUAGUUAGCUAGCUGGUUUGCUAGCUAUGGAUUCAUCUUGAUAACAUCCUCUGUAUGUAUUCAAUAUGCAACCUCUCGCGCUGUUUUUGAGAUUUGGCUCACAUUUUGCCCUGUCCGGAAACGGUUGUACAGUAAAAAGGGAACUGCUAUUUGAUUCACAGUUGCUGUCGAGAGGCUGGUUGCUUCGUCACUGAUUGCCUACACCUGGCAUCUUUUGGAUUUCGGGAGGGGUUAAUUUGGCCAAUAGACAGCCGAUAGUAUUUCUGAGGAAGGGGUGUGGAUUUGUCUGACUAGGGAUCCGCCCUGGUUCCGCCACUCGCACUAGGGCUACACCUCUCCCCCCAGCAGUAGCAGGCCGGCCAAUGCAUCACACAGAUGGAUGUCUAAACGGGUUACUUGGGACGUCCCAACUCUGACGUCACCCCAUUGAAGUUGACAUUUAAAACUGUUAGGGUAGGGACAUCUCAAGGAGCCCGGAGAGCACUAACCCACACCGAUGCAUCACACAUAUCAUUAAUUAUGUCCAUAUUUUAAGCUUAUCUGUUUCCAUCAAAUAACCUUUAAAAUAAAUGAAUAUCUAAAAUAUGUGAUAUGAUUAUAUAUCUCCGCAGCAACCAGGAUCCAUGGAAACGCCACAGCCCGGCCCAGCAGACGGAGAGGAGCGAUCGGUGGAGCUGCGGCCCAGAACACGCUCCAACCCGGAGGGUGCAGAGGACCGGCGCAGCAGCACUGGUAGCCUAGGCAACAGCAACCCCAGCACCCAGCAGCCCGCAGUGGGCAGCCGAGUGGAGGGGGAGGGGGAGGCCUCAACCAGCGACAGUCCUCCUAGCUCCAUCACCACCACAGUCUCUGCCACCACAGCCCAGGCUGUGGCCCCUAUAGUGGCUGCUACAGUCAAUGCCAUAGUAGGCCUGGCCACCCCCACGCCAGUAGCCAAGGACAGGCCUAAACCCACCCAGGCUCCUCCCCCUCUGGCGCCCCCCAUCCCUCCCACGGCAGAGUUCCAGCUACGAGCCCCCCGCGUCAACUGUCCAGAGAAAGUGGUGCGUGGUCCUGUACUGUUGAUGACUAGAAACUGAAUGAGAUCAAAGGGAUGUCAUUGUGAGAGAUAUUGGGCUAAUGCAGUUCACUCCCUGUGAUUUAGGCUAGAUGAAAAGACUUGCAGAGUGAUUGGUUCAGACCAGGUUGUUAUAAGAUUGUAAUCCUAUUUUUUUUAUUAUGACAGAUAAUCUGUUUGGAUCUCUCUGAAGAGAUGUCAUCGCAAAAGCUGGAGUCCUUCAAUGGGUAAGCUCUACUUCUGGUAUAUCUCUUAUCUGCUUGACGACAGGUGAAGUGACCACUCUCUAACGAGGACCAAAGAUCUGAAUCUUUUCCUCGCUCCCUUCAGAUCCAAGACCAACGCUCUCAAUAUUUCCCAGAAAAUGAUUGAGAUGUUUGUGAGAACGAAGCACAAGAUUGACAAGCGCCAUGAGUUUGCUCUGGUGGUUGUAAAUGACGAUGCCUUGUGGGUGAGUGUUGUUGGCCCAUUCACUUUUAAGUACAUUUAUUUUUCCUGAUGGCCACAACCAAACAGUUAUUCUUACGCGGUUAUCACACAGUACUGUAUUCUCAAUUUGAGUUGAAUUCUAUUCCUUCUUUUCCGUAUGUGUGUGUGUGUCGCUCUCUCUUAGCUGUCAGGUUUCACUUCUGACCCCAGGGAGCUGUGCAGCUGUCUCUAUGACCUGGACACCAAUGUGUGUGAGACCUUCAGUAUCCUUCCUGUCACUACAACAACAACACAUUCAGCCUGUAGUGUAGUCUAGCGUGGUAUUGUGAAUGAUUGAAACUGUUGGAACAUCCUGGAAGUUCUCUCCUUAAUAUCCUUCACCAGAUCUAGAGGAUCUUCUUAGUGUUAUGUAAGUUCCAUAUCUUCCUCCUUUAGUCACUUCUCUACUUUUCCCUUCCCGCUGUGGUUCUGACAGUUGUCCUGUAUCCUCUGCUGUCCCUGUAGCCGUCAGAAGAUAGAGCUUCCUCUGAUGGACAACAUCCAGACCAUCCCCCCUCCGUUUGUAGUCAGGACUCUCCUCAUCUACAGUAGACACGCUGGACAGCUGCAGUUCAACCCCUCAGACGCUGUCAAUGUAAGGGACCAUACUGCACCACCACUGUAUCAACCUACAACUGUCUACUGCUAACUGUACUACUAGACCAAUACUGGAUCAAUGACCUUAUCAGCCAUCUACUGCUCUGACUCUCCACUGAAUACUGUUCUGUACAGCUGUGGCGGGUAUUACGUGUCUAUAUCUGUGGUGAGACCUAGCUCUUUCAGUGUUUGUGGUAUUAUACCAGCGCUGUCUAUUUGAACAGAGACACUAACUGUCCUUCUCUCAUCCUGUAGAACAUGCUGCAGUCUCCCUACUUCUUCUUUGAUGUGGUUUACCUUCACAACGGGGCUGAGGAGCAGGGGAAUGAGGCCAGCUGGAGGGUGAGUGGACGAGGAGAGGGAGGGAUUAAAGGAGAACAACGGCACAGACAUUCAUCCAAGCUCUGAAAUGUUACUAUGUGAGAAAGUGAUGCAGCUGAAAAAGAAGAUUCCAUCUUACGCAAGAUAGUGGCACCCUACAGCUCAUAUACACUACAUGACCACAAGUAUGUGGGCACCUGCUCGUCGAACAUCUCAUUCCAAAAUCAUGGGCAUUAUUAUGGAGUUGGUCCCCCCUUUGCUGCUAUAACAGCCUCCACUCUUCUGGGACGGCUUUCCACUAGAUGUUGGAACAUUGCUGCGGGGACUUGGAGUGAUUAGGCCUGGCUCGCAGUCAGCGUUCCAAUUAAUCCCCAAGGUGUUCGAUGGGUUUGAGGUCAGGGCUCUGUGCAGGUCAGUCAAGUUCUUCCACACCGAUCUCGACAAACCAUUUCUGUAUGGACCUCGCUUUGUGCACGGGGGCAUUGUCACGUUGAAAUAGGAAAGGGCCUUCCCCAAACUGUUGCCACAAAGUUGGAAGCACAGAAUUGUCUAGAAUGUAAUUGUAUGCCGUAGAGUUAAUAUUUCCCUUCACUAGAACUAAGGGACCUAGCCUGACCAUUAUUCCUCCUCCACCAAACUUUACAGUUGGCACUAUGCAUUGGGGCAGGUAGCGUUCUCCUGGCAUCCACCAAACCCAGAUUCGUCUGUUGAAGCGUGAUUCAUCACUCCAGAGAACGCGUUUCCACUGCUCCAGAGUCCAAUGGUUGCGAGCUUUACACCACUCCAGCCGACGCGUGGCAUUGCGCAUGGUGAUCUUAGCCUUGUGUGCGGCUGCUCGGCCAUGGAAACCCAUUAAUUAAGCUCCCGACAAACUGUUCUUGUGCUGACGUUGCUUCCAGUGGCAGUUUGGAACUCGGUAGUGAGUGUUGCAACCGAGGACAGACGAUUUUUCAGCACUCGUUGGUCCCGUUCUGUGAGCUUGUGUGGCCUACCACUUUGCGGCUGAGCCGUUGUUGCUCCUAGAUGUUUCCACUUCACAAUAACAGCACUUGAGUUGACCGGGGCAGCUCUAGCAGGGCAGAAAUUUGACGAACUGACUAGUUGGAAAGGUGGCAUCCUAUGACGGUGCCACAUUGAAAGUCACUGAGCUCCUCAGUAAGGUCAUUCUACUGCCAAUGUUGGUCAUUGGAGAUUUCAUGGCUGUGUGCUCCAUUUUAUACACCUGUCAACAACGGGUGUGGCUGAAAUAGCCGAAUCCACAAAUGUGUACUUCCUGUCCUAUCACUGAAACCUGAAAAACUGUUCCACUUAGAGAUAUCCUUAUAUCCUUUCACUUAAACUGUCAUUUCUUACAUGAGUGUGUUCUCUCUGUUCUCUCUGCAGGACAUCUACACAUCAUUCUGUAACCUGGACUCUAAAGGCACCUGUUACCGCUUUGAGGUAUCUCUGUGUGGGCCGGCCAUCGAGCUCCACAACUGCAUGGCCAAGCUGCUGUCCCACCCCCUCCAGAGACCCUUCCAGAGCCAUGCCUCCUACAGCCUGCUAGAGGGAGAUGACCCCCAGGAUGUAGAGGCCACCGUCUAACUGGAGGUGCCUGGUAGAGCGACAGACCCCAGGGGGAGGCCAGUGUUUAACUUGGGGGUCUCCAAAGUACCCUGGUCCUGGAGAGUUACAGGGUCUGCAGGCUUUUGUUCAUUUGACACUGAAUCAAGAGGUGUGUUAGUGCAGGGCUGGAGCAAAAGCCUGUUGAAUCAGGUGUGUUAGUGCCCGGCGCCGGACUAAACGGCUGCACACACUGUAGCUCUCCAGGACCAAGGUUGGAGAACACUGCUCUAACUGGACAAGGAGAUGGGUUGCUAGGAGAUGACAAUGGGGAAAUGAGGAAGCAUGAGUGUAUGUAUUCCAUUUAGUUUUAAACCUGAUCUGGGGACAGUGUUUUCCCUACAAGUCUUAAAGAGUGAAAUCCAUGGCAGUACUUCUAGGCCUACACAAUAGAUGUGACCCAUUUCCAUGGCUGGCUUGUGGAAAACGUACAUUGAAAUGACUAAAUAUAGCUAUAUACACUAUCAGGAGCAAGGUUGUUGUAAUGGGUUGUCUGGGUUUGGGAAGGGUUGUAAACUAUGAUUCAUUUUCUUUUCUUUACAUCCGUACACCCUCUGAUGGGUAAGUUUGCCUUAUCAGAUCAGCCGUUUAUAUUCCCACUGAUGUUGCCUGUUGUUUUGUCAAUUGUGUUUUCGUUGAUCUGUUUCUGAUGAUUAAAAGAUAAAUGUUAGGUUUAGUCUACAUGCA